ACGACGACCCAACAAGCCUAACCGCCGAAACGGCCGGCCAGCCAGCUCGCUCCCAUCUUUCCCUCGCCGCCGCAUGAUAACAGCGUCGUCACGGCCAUCCAAACCGCGCGCCCGCCUCCAAGCUGCACCGCCCCAACGCCGGCCGGCCACCGUCACCGUGCCUGUGCGCGCGCGCAUGGGCUUCUCUCCCCACCCCGUCGUCCCCAACGGUGGCCUGGCCUCCUCCGGUGGUGGUGGCACGGAAGCGAUGACGGCGGUGGCCAGCCCGAGCGUUAGUAGCCGGACGCCGUCUUCUGUGUCGUCGUCGUCGUCGUCGCUCGACGGCGGCGCCAGCGACGAUGGCCGCGGACGGGAGCGGCGGCCGCCGGCCGGGUCGACGCUGGAGCUGCCGUCGCGGAAGAACCGGUCGGCGCGGUACCCUUCCCGGCCGGCGCGGCUGUUCCAGAAGCUGCGGCAGUCGCUCCCCGUCCUGACGCCGCGGUGCGGGCGGCUGCAGGUCGGGUCCGCGUGCGAGGUCGCCGCCGCGGCGUCGUCCGGCGGCGCCGACUCGCACCUGAUGUCGCACGUCGUGUCCUUCUCCGGCGCCGCGCGGCCGCUGCGGCGGGUGACCGGCACGCUGUUCGGCCACCGGAAGGGUCGCGUCGCGCUGGCGCUGCAGGAGACGCCGCGGUGCCUGCCCAGCCUCGUCGUCGAGCUCGCGCUCCAGACGCACGCGCUGCUCCGCGAGCUCGGCAACCCCGCCGGCGCGCGCAUCGUGCUGGAGACCGAGCGCCGCGCGGUCACCAACGCCGGAGGAGACGGCGGCAACAAGCACCGCAUCAGGGCCCCCCGCGGCGGGGCCGGGGCCCCGCCGCCGCUGCUGGACGAGGCGGCGUGGACCAUGUUCUGCAACGGGAGGAAGACCGGGUUCGCGGUGCGGCGUGAGGCGACGGACGACGACCUGGCCGUGAUGGAAACUCUCCGUCCAGUCUCCAUGGGCGCCGGCGUGCUCCCCGGCAGCAGGUCGUCGUCGUGCUCCGCCGGGACGGACGACGAGGUGGCGUACAUGCGCGGCUGCUUCGACCACUUCGUCGGCUCCCGGGACUCGGAGUCGCUGUACAUGAUCGCGCCCCAGGGCGGCGGCACCGGGCCGGAGCUCGCCGUCUUCUUCGUCCGGCUCUGACCCCGCCGCGCCAUGCAGCCCAUGCAUGCGUGCUCCAACUCCGGACGCCACGUGUCAGUACAAGAUUCGUGCAUCCACUUGGCUGCCUCGAGAUUCGUGAAGUGCAGGAGACAACUCAAACGUGACGUCAGGGGUGGCUUAGCUUAAUUAAUCAUCUGAUUAACGCAGCACUAACCUUGUGCUAUUAGUGGGUGAUUAGGUUGUGUGAGGUUUUGCCUAAUCGGGUUUAAUUGGUGCCCAACACCUCAUUGCACAAUCUAGUGGAAUACGGACAAAAUUAAAUUGAUUAAUUUGCUUGGUUUCUCUUC